CGGUGACACAAAGCGUCACAGAUCUGGAGCAGUAAUAUCAUUGGGACUAGCAGAGCUUGUUGUAAUGGCAGGGGGAGGGGCAGCAGGUGUCGACCUCAGCAGGAAGUUUGUGUCGGAAGCUGAGCUUGACGAGAAGAGGAAGAAGAGACAGGAGGAAUGGGAGAAAGUCAGGAAACCUGAGGACCCGGAGCAGGCCCCAGAGGAGGAGUAUGACCCACGGUCCCUCUUUGAGCGACUGCAGGAGCAGAAAGACAAGAAACAGGAGGAAUAUGAGGAGCAAUUCAAAUUCAGGAACAUGGUGAGGGGAUUGGACGAGGAUGAGACCAGCUUCCUGGACGAGGUCUCCCGGCAACAGAGCCUGGUGGAGAAGCAACGCAGAGAUGAGGAGAAGCAGGAACUGCUGGAAUACAGAAGCGCUCUAGUGAAGCAAGCGAACGCCGAAAACCGCAAAGAGCCCGAAAAGAAGGCGGCACCUAAACAUUCAGGGGCGGAGCAGCAGAGGACCAGUCACCUGUCUCAGGCUCAUUUAUUGGCUGGUGCUGUGAAGAGACGCAGUUCCUCCCAGUCAUCAGACAACAGCAAGAAACAGAAAGUGGAGAUCACAACGACAGCAACGACAGGAAAUGGAGACACACACACAGAACAGGAGGAUGGAGCAGGAGGAGGAGCAGGGGGAGCUGAAGAUCAACAAACAGUCCCCGGCCUGACCACAAAGACCCCCUCGGCUCCCCUGAGCUCCGGUCAAGGCGUGUUACACCUGCCGUCGGCAGCCGUGUGCGUCGGCGUUUUACCAGGACUCUGCGUUUAUUCCGGCAGCAGCGACUCUGACAGCAGCUCGGACAGCGAAGGUAGCGUGGACGCAAUCAUGUUGCCCUACCCCCGGCACAGCAGGGCGUACAGAUAGACACACACCAGCACACACACAGACACUCGCACAGACACACACACACACACACACACACACACACACACACACACACACACACACACACGUGGAGUAAGUUUGCAUGCCUUCAGAAUGGCUAGCAACAGUCAGAAAAGGUUAACCACACACAAGAUAUGCACAUACAGAGACAUAUUUAAAGGUCCUGCGGACACACACACACACACACACACACACACACACACACACACACACACACACACACACACACACACAAAACAGGGGUGUACCUGCAGGCCACACAAGUUCAUAUCAUGUUAGACUCAUACACUGACACAUGAGGGCUGGGAAUCGGUACUCUGUACCUUUAAGGCACCGUCUGAAACAUGCAGUAUCGAAACGUCUGCAGUCAUUUGAUACCUGCAUUCAAUCCUUUUUGUGCGAGCGGUCUGAUCCCGAACAGUCGACAUCUCUCUGCGGAACCAGCUGACUUCCUGUUACGUCUCCAGAGCCGCUAUCCUCAGAUCAACAUCCGCCCGGUGAGCACGAGCUACACAGCCGCACGAUGUCGUUAAACAGUCCCAACAACCUCACAGCGACAGCGCACAGCUCGACUCUACGUUAACAUGCACAGUUUACCGGAGCUGCGGUCAUAGCUCCAUUAGACCGUUUAACUGGACUACUGUCUUUGUCUCAGUAUACAAGCACCGGGGGACAAUCAAUGAUGGUGGAGACAUACUGUCUCUCUGCUAGUUGCUUUAAACCCUAAAUUAUUGAUACAGUCUGUGAUUUAGACCACAUUACAAUAACGAAAACCACUGAAGUCCGACUGACGUGUUUUCAUGACGGAAAAGCUCGACUUCCAAUCAAAUUGUUAAUUUCGAGCAUUUCGAUUUAGUGCGAUUUUAGUCGGACUAACAUGUUUAUAUGUAUUUUAAAAGUCACGUUUUUUGUUGGACUAACACUGAUUCAUCAUAAACUACAUUCAACAAAACAUCAAUGUCGAACAACGCUGGCGGCCAGCUGGGCUGUUUGAGGAUAAAGAGAGGCGUCGUGUCGGUAUACCGGGUGCCGUUAAACGAGUGUCGAAACGCUCUUUGUUUUCUUUCUAUCUCUGCGACUAAAGCAAAUAAAAGCCCAGUUACGUGCAGUUUUAUGGGAUACACGCCACUCCAUUCACAUUAGGGGCACUGAAUGAAGUGUUUAUUGGUAUCGGUGUGGUUUUAAAAAGGUUAACGAUACCCAGCCCUUUAACACACACACACACACACACACACACACACACACACACACACACACACACACACACACACACACAGCAAACACUUCAGUAUUCCUGUUGUUUUCACAGCUGUGAGUUGAACUGUUGCUCUUUGUCAUCAGACAAAGUUCAGCCGAGUCAAAUAAUCCUGACAAACAGCAACUUUAAGACCGAUUUAAACUAAAUCUGUGCAUCUAUUUGUGGUUUUUUUUUUUUUUUUUUGCUAUUGUGGCACUCAAACGUGAUACCUCAACCCUUCCUUCCCUCAAUCACAUCUCACGCAGUUUAAGCCGAGCAACCAAUCCCGCACUGCCUACCCCGACGACAUCCUGCCCCCUCCCCACCACCCAACCCUACUCCCAACCCAAGCCGCAGCGACUGCGAGCUGUGCUGUUGGCUGAGGGAACAGUGAUUGACAGCUGUGGAGCGAGGAAGAGACUGCUUUAGACUGUGUCAAAUAUGACUCACACCUUUUAGCUUUCAGAGAGAGAGAGACGGGGCAGGACGCUCCGCUCUCUGAGUUACAUGCAAAAUCUGCACGGUUUGAAAAAAAUAAUGUCUUUAUUUGUGUGAUGUAAUAAUGCGUUUCCUCAUCAAGUUUGUUUUAAAGUCGGAUGGAAAGACGUUGGACUGUUUGCUGCUGUCUCGGGCGUUGGAGCUUUGUUUUGUUGGUUAAAGUGUGAGCAGAGAGAAAUAAAGAGCUUUCCCUUGUACUGUGUGUUUGUGUCUGUGUGGCACAAGGCAUUAUUUAAAGAAUAGGGAUGGGGAGUGUUUUUUCAUUGUUAUUAAAACCAUUAUCGAGACUCCUUAA